AUGGAAUCGGUACUCCUGGAACACUUUCCUGCUGGGCUGGACUCCUUCUCCUCAGAAUCUUACUUCGACGACGAGGAAUUUUUCACUGAUCAGUUUUCCCGCGACCCUAUGGAAGGUGACGAGCUCCUGGAGGCCGAGGUGGACUUCCUGAGCCCGCCGUUGCACGGGUGUUACCGCAGCGACGGGGCUGGCGGUGGCUCAGCAUCCGAACAUGUGCCCGAACUCUCUCGGUGCUCGGCGGCGGCAGCGGCAGCGCGGCGGCGGCGGCGGGUGCGCUCCGAGGCGGAGCUGCAGCAACUGAGGCAGGCGGCCAAUGUGCGCGAGCGACGGCGGAUGCAGUCCAUCAACGACGCCUUCGAGGGGCUGCGCUCUCAUAUCCCCACUCUGCCCUACGAGAAGCGCCUCUCCAAGGUGGACACUCUGCGCCUCGCCAUUGGCUACAUCAACUUCCUCAGUGAGCUGGUCCAGUCCGACUUACCUUUGCGCAGCGCGGGCAGCCAGAGCCCAUGCCAGCCCAAGAAGGUUAUCAUCUGCCACCGGGGCACAAGAUCACCUUCUCCAAGUGACCCAGAUUAUGGACUUCCUCCUCUUGCUGGGCAUUCACUCUCCUGGACUGAUGAAAAACAACUCAAGGAGCAAAACAUUAUUAGAACUGCUAAAGUCUGGACUCCAGAAGACCCCAGAAAGUUAAUCGGCAAAUCGUCUGUGAACAAUAUUGAAAACGAGCCCCCAUUUGAUUUCAUAUCAUAA